CCACACUUGCACAUACUAAAUGCUAGCUGUAGUACACGCCAUCACCACCCUCGUUCAUCGCUCGACUCUGGUUUCCCCUUGACCUCUAGGCCGCUGAACUGCACUUCCUACACAAGCCCAAAUUCUUCGCUCGUUCCUGCGUCAAUCCCAGUCCCACAUGCUGUUGGAGCAACAACCAGGUCUGUCAUCUCCUGCCAAUGCCUGACGGUGAAUCACGCUCUCGCAACGCCGACCGUAUAAUUGCUGCUCCACUCUGUCCCCCCAACAAUCAAUUCAUAUUCAUACGUCCUACUUGGCCAACGAGUACUGCCCAUCCAACUCCUGCCGGGUCGAGAUAGGGCCCUAUUUUGGUCACCAUGAUGGGCCCCGACCACGGAGGCGGUCUGCCUGGUGACCGAGCUCAAGGACGCCCACCACUGCUGCCCAACGAGAAUAGCUACCAGCUCGACCGCGAUCGAGCUAAUAUGACGCCGAGCCCAUCCUAUCCUAAUGGGGCUUUUCCACCUCCCAGCCGACCUUCUGCGUCGCCCGCCCACAGCGACCCGCGGCCGAGUGUUGAGCGUAAUCGAUCCCGGGGGCGAGCCCCUGGGAGGACCGCCAGUGGACAGCUCCGUAUAUGCGCCAAGUGUGGCGAGCCUCUGACGGGGCAAUUCGUGCGAGCCCUGGAUGGGACAUACCACCUCGACUGCUUCAGGUGUCGUGAUUGCGGUCAGAUCGUGGCCUCCAAGUUCUUCCCUGCAGACGACGAGGAAACGGGCGGCCAAUAUCCGCUCUGCGAGACAGAUUACUUCCGACGCCUCGGUCUUCUAUGUCACCAAUGCGGCGGUGCUUUGCGCGGGUCUUAUAUCACAGCCCUCGACCGGAAGUACCACGUUGACCACUUUACUUGCUCGCUUUGCUCGACGGUUUUCGGGGCCCAGGACAGCUACUACGAACACGAUGGGAAUGUGUACUGUCAUUAUCACUACUCGACACAAUUUGCCCAACGGUGCAACGGCUGCCAAACCGCCAUCCUCAAGCAAUUCGUCGAGAUAUUUCGCAACGGACAAAAUCAACACUGGCAUCCCGAGUGUUACAUGAUUCACAAGUUCUGGAACGUCCGUCUGACGCCUCCCCAAGAAUCGAACGAACCUCGUCCGGAACAGGCUGACGAGGAGAGUCGCGAACGGGUCCGGCAAGAAGAAGAAGACAUGGAGAACAAGGUUUAUCGGAUCUGGAGCGUCUUGUCGACAUUCGAGGAGUCUUCGGCGGCAUGUAUCUCAGAUAUGCUCCUUCACGUCAGCAACGGGGCCUACAUGGACGGAGUUUUCGUCGCCAAAAAAUUCAUCAUCCACGUCGAUAUCCUGUUCCACGGCGCGGACAGGCUGGACCAGACCAUGAAGCGACUCGAGAUGAAUGAUUUGUCUUAUGCGCGGGAGGCGAAACUCCUCUGCAAGAAGAUCGUGUCUUUCUUUUCCCUAUUAUCCAAGACGCAAGACACGGGCGUGCGGAAACUGGGUGUGACCCAAGAACUACUUACCUUGGUGACGGGUCUAGCGCAUUACCUGAAGCUCCUCAUCAGGAUCUGCCUCCAGGGGACGCUCAAAGUUGAAAAGGAGCACCAUUCCCCCGAGGCGUUGUACCAGUUUCUCGAAGAUCUCAGCGUUCUCGAGUCGGUCAAGAGCGACGAGGAGUCCCUGCAAAACACGCUAGGCAUGUCGAAGCUUUCCGCCAACGACUCAGACCAAUGCACCUUGUGCCGGAAGCCGAUCGAGGAUGAAUGCGCCUUGAGCGGGGAUAAGAGAUGGCAUCUGGCAUGUGUCUCAUGUGUACGAUGCGGCGCCGAAUUAAACAAGAAUCUAGAUAAGGCUCGUCUGCACAGGGACUUCAAGAUUUACUGCACGGACUGCGAGACCCAGAUUGGAGGAGAAUGGGGCGAAACUCUGGAGCGGAUCACGAAGCUGCAACAGUAUGUAUUCCUGUUGAAGGUUGCUUUGGCUAGGCUGCUAGAGAUUCUUCGCACUAGCGGCGCUCUUCCGCCCUCUGGAGACGGCCAAAGCGUCGGUGGCCACGAAUCCGCGGCUUCUCAGGACGGGGGCUCCGCCAUACAUAGGUCUAGCUCUCGUUCCAAACCUUAUGGCGGCGAGAGAGAGCGGCAUCAAAGAGAGUCAUCUUAUGAGAAUACCCUCAAUGAUGUGCGAAGACUCAGGAGUACGCGCCUCGACAAGCAUCUGUCGUCUAGUCUGAGGAAGGCUCGGACGUCGAGAAUUAUGGAUGGGCCCGAGGGACGUAGCGUCCGACCAGGAUCUGCUGGUGCCGACACGUCUUUGCAAAGCAAGGCGAUGCAAAUCGAAGAGGAUCGAGAACCAGGCGGCGGCGGCACAACCGAGCAGUACUUCGGACACCAGGAUGCGCUGACCCUGGACGAUAUUCCGCGGAUCGUUGCUGCGGAACAGGCCCGAGAACAGCAGCCUCGCUCUUACAGGGCCUCGCGUCAAGAUUUGUUCCAGUCUGCUGGUGCGGACGCCGCCUACGGUUCUAGUAACGAGAGGAGCCUUUCGACGGGACGGGAUGCCGAUCAGAAGCUACUUGGGGAUCGAUCCCUUCAGAGGGACGGGAGGAAGUUUUUCUCCGAACUCUCCGGCCUCGAGUACUUUAUCGUGCGACAUGUCGCAGUUCUUACUAUGCAACCUAUGCUCGAACCGGAGUUCACUCUGGAGGAGCUUUUGAGCCUCAUCGAGGCCAGAAAAGCCCCAACUUUCUGGAAUAAGUUCGGCAAGGCCUUCGGCAAAAAUGACCCCCGCAAGGGCGCGAAAAAGAAAGGAAUAUUCGGAGUUCCACUCGAAGUGAUUGUAGAUCGAGACGGCGCCGACUCCACGGACGGUGUUGGACCUGGUGCUCUGCGUAUACCCGCCAUCAUUGAGGACACUAUCACCGCGCUGAAGAAUAAGGACCUCUCCGUCGAAGGUGUUUUCCGGAAGAACGGAAACAUCAAGAAGCUUACCGAGCAGGUUGCUGCUGCGGACAGAGAUGGCUGUGAUGCUAUCAAGUGGAACGACGAAACUCCGCAUCAGCUUGCGGCACUCCUGAAGCGGUACCUUCGUGAAUUACCAGAUCCUUUGAUGGCGCAGAAGCUUUACGCGGUCUGGAUAGCGGCGACUAAGAUCAAUGACACCGACAAGAGACGGCACUGCCUCCACUUAGCUUGCUGUCUCCUCCCACAGACCCAUCGAGACACUCUCGAGGUCUUGUUCAACUUCUUGAAGUGGGUGGCGACCUUCCACCAAAUUGACGAGGAUACCGGAUCGAGGAUGGAUGUACACAAUCUUGCCCGUGUAAUUGCUCCGAACAUACUCUAUACAAACAACAAGAGUCCGAGCUUCUCGGACGAGCCCAUGGUCGCGGUGUCUUGCGUCGAAGAGUUGAUACAAUUCAACGAGGAAAUGUGCAUGGUCCCUGUCGAGCUCAUGGAUAUCCUCGGCGACUCAUCUUUAUUCAAUAGUAACGGGGAUAUUACAACUAAGGAGAUCCUGAAACGGAUCGAAAGCCGUGCCGUCAAUGGCCUCCCCAGACAGUACGACCAAACUGAGUUCGUCAAGCAGCACGAGAACAAGAGGCCCUUAGCUACCAGGGUCGCCACCGACCCUGCCGCCUGGCCGCAGGAGAGCAGUGCACGCCCGAUGCAAGAGCCGACGAUUCCGUUCACAGCAACGCCAGGCGGGGGCACGCCACCGACAAAAUGGCGGAAUCCUGACGGUGGGCAACCACCUAACCCAAACCCGCCGGAGCGGACGGAGGAUCAGCCUGAGCAAACACCCGAGAAUGGCCAGCGGCGGGAGUGGCGAAACUCGGCUUGGGGCAGGCAGAACAAUCCUGUCACAACCAGCACCGGUUAAGUUAAUAGGGCCCCGAGUACAUACCUCGCAAUAUCCGUGCCGCGAACCCCUCAGAGCGGGAGGGGAAGGGAUUCCGUUCAUAUUUACAAGCCUCGAAUUUCCCCAGGACAUAGCAUGAAUCGGGUGUAGAGAUAAAAAAACAGCAUUUCGGCCGGCGUUGCGAAUAUUUCAUUUCCCUUAAGGAUACUUUACGUCUUUCGAUUGACCCCUGUUUAUUUCGCCUUACCACCGAACCGAGUUCACCUAACGAGGCGGUCUCGUCGCAUCUUUGCUCCGCGGACUAUUGUAUUCACUCGUAAGUGGCUUAAAAGCAGAGUU